UCCCCACCCCUGCCAAUCGUCCUCACUCCUGCUGGUGUGCUCCAAUUGCAGAUCAACUUUAUCUUUCUCUUCAACAUUGUCCGCAUCCUCAUGACCAAACUCCGGGCAUCCACCACGUCUGAGACUAUUCAGUACAGGAAGGCUGUGAAAGCCACUCUGGUGCUGCUGCCCCUCCUGGGCAUCACCUACAUGUUAUUCUUUGUCAACCCUGGAGAGGAUGAGGUCUCCAGGGUCGUCUUCAUCUACUUCAACUCUUUUCUGGAGUCCUUUCAGGGCUUCUUCGUGUCUGUGUUCUACUGUUUUCUGAACAGUGAGGUAAGGACCUAA